AAGAAAUUGCUUUUUUUCCAGCUUCUUAAAUUAGUUUUGUAAUGUUGUUCAGACAUUUAAAUCAUGAUCUUUACUAUUUUAUGACAAUCAUAGACAAAAUGGGCUCAUUCAUUGAUCAGGAAAAUAAUAAUAUGUGUCAAUGUUUUUCCUUUUUUUUUCUUUUACUUCUUAAAUUUGAAGAAUCACUGCUUUUCUCUGGUUUACAUGUAAUUAUUUAAACAUGAGCAGAGGUUAAACAAUUAAAAGAUUAGUCAUAGCAUCCUUGAAAAACACAUUAAAACCAAUGUCAAUUCAAUUUAAUGAGCUUAAAUUAGGAUUUUUCCACAUUGAAAACCUAUAACAAUGCUUUAGGAGUUGCCUGACUCUGUAUCUGCUGCAGACACAUUAAACCAGUUACAUCAUUACGUUACGUUUUACUCGCACAAAUCCUCACGAGUGCUGGAGGAGUUUAAAAGAAGGCUCGAAUCGUCUGACCUCUGGCCCGACUAAUCCUCGGUCCUGGCAGAUACGUCCACACCGAUUUAGCCGAGGAUUUAACAGUCGGCAGGUUAUGUGUCGCCUCACUCACUUCUUAUUGAUUCUUGGGUGAAAUGGCCAGAAAGAUGACGCGAGGCCUGCGAACGCUUCCCACCAUGUCGAGUCAAGACACGACAGUAGAUGCUCCUGCACCGAAACAGAAGAAGAAGAGGGUGAAGAAGGAGACGAAUGGAGUCGAUGAUGUGGACGAUCCGGGGAUGGAGAUGGGAGGUCUGAGCCACCGAAGGGCGUCUGAGGUCGGAGACAAUCUUCAGCCCGAAGCCACGGCCGAAGCAGCUCCACAGCGGAGGAGGAGGAAAAAGAAAACCAGCACUAUAGACCUCGAAGACGACCAAGCCGACCUGGUGAACGGAGACACAGCAGAUCAGGCCACCGAUGGAGAGGAAGUAGCCAGAAAACCCAGAAAGAAGAAGAGGUCGAAAGUGUCUGAGUCUCACCUCCCUGAAGAGUUGGACGUCGAAGAGGACGACAUCAUCACGGACACCCCUCCUCCCCCCAUCCCCCAGCAUUCCCUGUUCACGGCCCCUCACGGGCAGAGCCAGCCGGUCGGGAAGGUCUUCGUCGAGAGGAACAAGCGUUUCCAGGCGGCCGAGCGCUCGGACUGGAGGAAAACCAGCGAGCAGACGGAAAACACCCUCGACUUCCAGCACGUGCAGCCGAUGUGGACGACCAGAGACGUGUCCCUGCGGGUGCACGAGGGUUUCAGGAUGUUCGGCCUGUACUGUCACGGCUUCCUGGCCGGCUACGCCGUGUGGAACGUGGUGGUGGUCUACAUGCUGGCCGGGCAGCACCUCACCGCCCCGGCCAACCUCCUGGAGCAGUACCACAGCCUGGCCUACCCCUCCCAGUCCCUGCUCUACAUGCUGCUGGCCAUCAGCACCGUGGCCGCCUUCGACAGGGUGAACCUGGCGAAAGGCUCCGUGGCUGUGAGGGAGUUCAUCACUCUGGAUCCGGUGGCUCUCGCCUCCUUCUUGUAUUUCUCAGCGCUGGUCCUCUCUCUGAGCCAGCAGAUGACCAGCGACCGGAUCAACCUCUACGCAUCCUUCAACGCGACGCUGUGGCCUCCGGGGUCGGAGCACCAGAUCCUCCACCCGUGGGUGACCGUCAACCUGGUGGUGGCUCUGCUGGUCGGCCUGGCCUGGAUUUUCAUCGCCACCAGACCCGAGACCGACUACACUCAGGUUUACCUGAUGGCCAUGGAGAUCGAGCCUCCGAAGGCCGAGGACAAAUCAGAAAUGGCCGCCUGAGAAGAGAAAUUACUUUGCACACCUCCUCUUUGUCGUCUUUUUGCACAUAUUUUUGCAGGCUGUGAAUGUCUUAGAGAUUAUUUUUGUAUUUUUGAAACAUGCUUGUCUCCUUGUAAAUACAACAUUUUAACAAACCCAA